AGCGCAGGGAGGGCGGUGAGGGUGGGUGUGGAGGCGUCCUUGGUCUCCCGGACCGGGGCUCAGGGGAGGGGGACAGCCCCUUGUCCACACCGUGGCAAACUGAGGGGGCUGAGGUCCGGCGGUGUGGCGAGGAGUCUCGAGGGGUGGUCGGGGUAGAGGAUCGCAGGCUAGGCUUGAGGGCGGCGUUCCUUUUAGAGACGUCUGAGGAGGUGACCGAGUGUUUACGAAGUUUCUCUCGGGAGAGCGAGGAGGGAGGGAGGCUAGGGAAACUUACUAUGGUUUUCUUGCCAGAAGGGGUCGGAGGGGAUAUACAAGAGGGUUGACCGUGGGUGGAACAGGUGCAUGGCGGAGGGGUGUGAGCUGGUGGGGAGCCUGAGGUUCCUGCCUCUCUGAGACCGGGACCAGGUGAGGGGCACAUAAGGCGGCUGGAGGGAAGUUAGGCCCUUAUUGGGUUUGCGCCCAUUUCAGUUUGCACGUUGAGUUCAGUUGACCGGUGAUGGCCGGUACCAGAAGUUGAUCUACAGCUUUCAGCCCUCCAGGGAACUGCAGGGGUGCUGUCGCUCCUCCGUCUUCUGUCCCCACCCACUCCUUGCUCUGCACCCUCCUUUUCCACCGUUCCCAGGAGCUGUGGAAGGAAAUGCUUUUGCCCUCUCCCAUGGCCUCUGAAACCGCCAGAAACCUUUCCUCUAACCAGAAAGCCUCCAUACCGUUAGUCACCAAGGAUCCUUGGCUUGGAGCCUUCCUCCUUUCUCCCAAAUCUUCUUCUUCCGUGUACUUUCCCCCCUGGCCUGUCCUACAGCAGGACCAGAAGUUCCCAGCUGUACUGUCUGCAGUUGUCUCUUCCUUGUACCCAUGGCGACAUCAGCUACGGUUCCCAGUUCACCCCUCCGGGCUGAGGAUCUCCUGAGUGAUUCAUCAGAAGCCCCUGGGCUGAACCAAAUGUCCUCUGAGGUGACCUCCCAGCUCUAUGCUUCUUUGCACCUCAGUCGCCAGGCAGAGGCCACAGCCCGAGCCCAGCUGUAUCUGCCCUCCUCCUCCCCACCUCCUCAUGAGAUGUUAGAUGGCUUGGCCCAAGAGCUGAGUCGCAGCUUGUCAGUUGGAUUGGAGAACAACUUGAAGAAAAAGGUGAGAGAGGAUGGUUCGAAGCAUAUCUUUGAGAUGGAAAGUGUUCGGGGUCAACUUCAGAGCUUGCUCCAGACCUCCCGUGAUACAGCCCAUCUGGUCCCUGUUCCAAAGUCUUACCUGACCCUGGCUCUGGGGUCCCUCUGGCUGCCUGCAGGGGACCCCCUCACUCCAGGUGCUGGCUCAGAGAGACGAGAAGAGGACUCCUUUGACAGUGACAGCACAGCCACCUUGCUGAACACCCGGCCCCUGCAAGACUUAUCUCCGUCCAGCUCGGCCCAAGCCCUGGAGGAGCUGUUUCCCCGCUAUGCCAGUCUUCGGCCAGGACCCCCGCUCAAUCCCCCGGAUUUCCAGGGCCUGAGGGAUGCCCUGGAUUCAGAGCAUACCCGUCGCAAGCAUUGCGAGCGCCAUAUUCAGAGCCUCCAGACCCGAGUGCUGGAGCUUCAGCAACAGUUAGCUGUGGCUGUGACUGCCGACCGCAAGAAAGAUGUUAUGAUCGAGCAGUUGGACAAGACCCUGGCCCGCGUGGUGGAGGGCUGGAACCGGCACGAAGCCGAGCGGGCAGAGGUCCUUCGGGGGCUCCAGGAGGAACGCCAGGCAGCCGAACUCACCAGAAGCAAGCAGCAGGAGACAGUAACCCACCUGGAGCAAAGCCUUUCUGAGGCCAUGGAGGCCCUGAGUCGUGAGCAGGAAGGCGCCAGACUGCAGCAACGGGAAAGAGAGACGCUGGAGGAGGAGAGGCAGGCUCUGACCCUGAGCUUGGAGCUGGAACAGCAGCGGUGCCGGGCUCUGCAGGAAGAGCGGGACGAGGCCCGGGCCGGGCAGCUCAGUGAGCACCGGCAGCUGGAGACACUGAAGGUGGCCCUGGAAGGGGAACGGCAGGCGUGGGCCGAGCAGGAGCGCCAGCUGGAGGAGCGCCACCGGGCGCUGCGGGACGACGUGCAGGCCCAGCUGGAGCAGGAGAAGGGGAACACACAGAGGGAGGCCCAGGCAGCGCGGGAGGCCCAGCAGCAGCUGGCGCUGGCGCAGUCCGAGGUGCGGCGCUUGGAGGGCGAGCUGGACACGGCCCGGAGGGAGAGGGACGCGCUGCAGCUGGAGAUGAGCCUGGUACAGGCCCGGUACGAGAGCCAGCGGGUCCAGCUGGAGUCGGACCUGGCCGUGCGGCUGGAGCAGCAGGUGACAGAGCGGCUGGCUCAGGCCCAGGAGAGCAGCCUGCGGCAGGUGGCCUCGCUGCGGGAACAUCACAGGAAGCAGCUGCAGGACCUGAGUGGACAGCACCAGCAGGAGCUGUCCGCCCAGCUGGCUCAGUUCAAGGUGGAAAUGGAGGAGCGCGAGGAGAGGCAGCAGCAGGUGGCGCAGGACUACGAGCUCAGGCUGGCCCGGGAGCAGGCGCGGGUGCGGGAGCUGCAGAGCGGCCAGCGGCGGCUGGAGGAGCAGCGCGCUGAGCUGGUGGAGCGGCUCCAGGCCAUGCUGCAGGCCCACUGGGCAGAGGCCAGCCAGCUGCUCGGCGCCACCACCCUGCCCCCGGACCUCCCGGUCCCCACCACCAGCCCCUCCAGCCCUGGGCCUCAGGAGCCAGAGAAGGGCGAGAGGAGGCUCUGGACUCGGCCUCCCGUGGCCGUGGCCCUGAAGCCCGUGUUGCAGCAGAGCCGGGAAGCUGGGGCAGAACAGCCACCGCGGGUUCUCCGCAGCCCCUCCCCAGACCUGAGCCCCCUGCUGGGCCCCCCUUUCCAGAGCCAGCAUUCCUUCCAGCCCCUGGAGCCAAAGCCGGGCCUCACUUCGUCUGUUACCUCUGCCGGGGCUUUCUCUACCGCUGGCGCCUUCCACCCUGAUCACCGCCCAGAGCGGCCGUUCCCUGAGGAAGAUCCUGGAUCCGACGGGGACGGCUUCCUAAAGCCGGGGCUGCAGCCCCCUUCCCAGCUGGACGGCCUCAAACAUUUUUUGCACCAGCUGCUGGAGAUAGUACCGCAGAGCAGCGAGGCCCCCUCUGUUGAGCUGUUGCCCCCGAAGUCUGGCCCCCUGACUGUCCCGUCUUGGGAGGAGGCCCCACAGGUGCCACACCUCCCGCCCCCUGUUCAUAAGACUAAAGUGCCCCUGGCCAUGGCGUCCAGUCUCUUCCGGGCUCACGAGCUUCCCUCAAGCCAUUCACAGAGCAGCGGCCUCCGGGCGGGCUCCCCAGAGCGUGAUGAGCGGCCGGGAGGUGGGGACGGGCUCGCACCCGCGCGGCAGCUGAUGGACGUGUCGCAGCUGCUACGACUGUACCAAGCUCGGGGCUGGGGGGCUCUGCCCGCUGAGGACCUGCUGCUCUACCUGAAGAGGCAGGAACACGGCAGGACGGACAGCCGAGGGGAUAAUGUCCCCAGAAGGAACACGGACUCCCGCUUGGGUGAGAUCCCCCGGAAAGAGAUCCCCUCCCAGGCUCUCCCUCGCCGCCUGGCUGCUGCAGCCCCUAGGACGGACAAGCCUCCCGCACGCAGGAAGGGCGGGCACCCGGCCCCCAGCAGCACGAGGAGUCGGGGAGGCAUCUGGAGAUGAGCCCCUCGCCCUGUCUGCUCUUCUCCUAAUAAACGUUCCAGAGUCUGUAUUCGGGUCUCUGACUCCUCGGAAUUUGACAAAAUGGAGAUUUUAUAAGAAGCUACUUUGUAAAGAAACCUCAUUCUAUUUGAGUAUGUUUUUUACAUGUUACACGUUUGUUUUCUCUUCGGGGGAAAAGACACGAAGCUUCGAAGAAAGCCCGCCUCUGGCUGGCUUUGAGAACACUCAGUGAGCUUAGGCCCGGCGUGUCACGAGCGGAGCAUACAGGGUGAUUGGCUGUGGUUGGGAGUGGAAUUAUGGAUGAUUCUAAUUUUCUUCUUCAGACAUUUCUAUAUUUUCCACAUUUUCUAAAGCAAGUUUGUAUUAAUAAUCAGAACAGACAAACUUUUAAUAAAAGAGUAAGUUAUUGUAUGAA